AGGAGGACAGUGGCGGUGCGUAAUUAUUAAGUGUUGCUCGAACUGGCCACCGGAGAUUGUCGCUGGUGGGGCGACGCGACAAAUCGUCGUGUCGGCGACCGCGGUUGGUAGUUAAUGGCACAACGCGACUUCGGACGGGAGCCUCGUUCCCGCGAAAUUCCUCCGCGCUGUCGUCGAUACGCCGGAGCACGAACCCGCGCCCGCUCACUCACAAACCUGAAUCCACAGUACUUUACUAACUGUUCUCGACCGAAAGGGGACAACGUGGACGUGAAUAACGGAAAAUUUUCAUUUUACAUUAAGGAAGCGCUUAAAGAAGUUUUUGGCCAGUUUGGAUCAAGUGUCAACUUUGAUGUACUAAAGUUUGAAGCUGGAAAAGGCAUAAUUCGGUGUCCAUCUACCUUUUACGUAAAAUUUCGAGGAGCGCUUACUUUGUUUGGACGUUACAAUUCAAAUAUUGUUGCAUUUAACGUCCAUCGUGCUUCACCUGGUUUAAUAUCAUUCAUCACUGAAGACACCACUUAUAAACAUGUCACAAAUAAUUAAAGAUGGUAAAGACACAAUUAUAUUUGCCACAAAAGAAGAUCAUCAGUCACCUAGUAAAGUCAUAUUAUCACCUCCAGAACCGGAUCAAAGACCGGGACAUAUAUUUCCUGAUGGAUCCAUAAAUUGGAAGUAUCCAUCCUUACAGAUAACUGGACCGUGUAAAAUGUUAUUCAAAGAAGCAUUUACAUGUUAUCAUUAUAGUCAAGAAGAAUCUAAAGGUAUGGAAUGUAGGGAAAAGGCGACAGCUACGAAGACAUGCAUGAAGCAAUAUCCAAAAGUAUAUUCAAAAUUUUUAAAUGCAAUAGAAAAAGCUGGUGAAACUGUGAAAAAUGAAAAAACGAAUUCAUAAUACUUGUUGUUAAACUGUUCCGUUUUAGAAAUUUUUUUUCGUUUUAAAUAGAUGUUUUAGAUAUUAAAUUUA